UUCCUUCUGGCGAAGUCUGAGGUGCCACGUGUAACGGCUGGACUCCAGCUCGACCUGCUAGUCCCUAGUCGUUGACACACCAUGGACUCCAUCUGAAUUCCUACCUCUCCCAUCCAUCACGCGUCACAGCCUUGUGUGUCCGAGGAGCAGUACCGCAUCACUCGCUUUCGUCGUCGCUCGAGGACUUACUUUCGCAGGUUCCGCAACGCGUCACCGUCGAUUUGUCUAUCCACCUUCACAAUCCAGCAUCCCCACGAUUCCACAUGCUCGCUGAAAUGGCCCACCCGCCACUCGUCCCGCCUCCCGAACCCACCACUCGAGUCCUCCCGCUCGCUCCGCGCCUCCCAGCUUUUGCGCGCCGUCUCGCGCCGGGCGCCCGACGCUCGCUGCGGAUGGCGGAGCAGACGCGGGUGGGUAGGGGGACUUGGGGGCAAGCCGCGGAAAGAAGACCGCGUGUGUCCCAUGAUGGGCUCGCCCCAGCGUCGGCAAUGCUGCGCUCUGCGCUCUGCUCGCUGGGGUCUGCGGUGUGCGUUCUUCCCUGCGAGGCAGAUUUAGCAGUGGGAGAGGCGUUGAAGGCGGCGGAACGGCGAGAGUGCGGAUGGCGUUGCGGCGAGCGGGGAGGAAGCGGUGCUGAGAGGCGGACGAGCAGAGGGAACGAGGCUGAGCGGCGGAGGUUGAAAAGCGACGUUAUGAGGUGCGACGUCAUGAGGUGCGGCCUCGUAUUUCUGGGCGUCGGAACCCGAAGACUCUGCUGUCAGCACUGGAAGAUUGCGGACGUGGUAGCUGGUGUGGCGAACGACCGGGGAGGGAUCUGACGAGGGGCCCAGGGCUCGGUCAGACGUGCGAGGGAUGGGUGAGGUCUCGCAUGUGGGGGCCUCUGCAACUGAGGCUGCCAGGCUGCAAGGCGGCGAAGCAGGGCGGCGAGGUGGCGGCAAAGCGAGCAUGCAAGAUGCGAGAAAGGAGGGUCUGAGCGAGGUCCCGUGCUAUGU